UUUCUGAGAAAGACGGGGCAACGCACUCUACUCCGAGGGUACUAUGGUCAGGAGCCUUUCAUCUUAAGACAGACAUUGACUUCAUUUUUACUCUCCCUUCCCACCUCAAAAAGAACACGCGUGAUCAGCAGACAUUAAGCCAGAGCAUUAAUGCAGGAUAUAGAUAACUUUAGUUCAUUCCCUUUUUUGUUGUCAACGUAUAUCAUGGGGAUUCUUUGGUUCUUCGCGAUUUUGUGCGUUCUUCAAUCGAACAUCUUUACUGUGUCGACAACGUAUAUCAUGGCUAGCUGUUGGUUCUUUGCGAUUUUGUGCGCUCAGCAAUCUAACAUCCUUCCAACUGCCACUCAAAAGGAAUACAGCGACAGAACUGAAUCACUAAUGGAUUUCCUGAAACAUUUCAACCAUAACAGACAUCACGUGACUAACCCCGUAGGAAAAAAGAAAGCACAGGAGUUUAUCAGUCAAACUUUUCAGGAUUUGGGCCUCGUCACAUGGUUUGAAAAGUUUAAACCAGAUUAUCCAAAGUACGCGACUGGAGAAAACAUAGUCGGAAUGCUCCCUGGCAAACUCGCGGGCUCGCCUGACGACAGGUUGUUUCUGAUCGGUGCUCAUUACGACACGAUGCGGACUACGUCACAUGGUACUGACGAUAAUGGCUCAGGUGUGGUUGCUAUGUUGCAAGUUGCUAAGCAGCUCGCCAAAGAUUUCUCCAACUGCACCCGUAGUUUUAGCGUUGUGUUCGUUGCAUUUGAUUUUGAGGAAUGGGAAUUGUAUUGUUCCAACCAAACGGUCACGCCCAGAUGUGCUUGUGGCUCUAUCGACUGUGGAAGUCGCGCUUUUGUCGCAAAUUUCACACGCUUUUAUAAUGGGUCUUUAAAGUCAAACGGAAAGUUUCAGGGAGCGAUAAUCAUGGACACGAUGUUCAACUAUAACACCACGUCUAAUUCGCAGCGUCUCCCGCCUGGGGUAGAUAAACUCGCGCCGGAAAUUUACCAUCAGAUCAAAGAGGACGAGUUCCGAGGGUAUUUCCUUUCCAUGGUUGGUCGAGGAGUGGAUGAUGCAGCACUGCUGAACUCAUUUUGGUAUCAUUACAGUCAAGUGAAAUCUGCUCUCGGGAACAAAACUACAAUAUAUCAAGUAAACCUUCCAUUUCACGGUCCCCCAUCCCCUCAAGAUGAAUACUGGUAUGGGGAUUUCUUACGCAGUGAUCACGUGUCUUUUUGGAGCUAUAAUCCGUCAAUGAGCGCCAUCUUCCUCAGUGACACAGCCGAUCAAAGAGGAUACAUGACAUCGUGUUACCACCAGAAUUGCGACAGUUUGAGUCAUGUGACGCCUGAAAUGCUUCAGUUCCUACAGAAGACCACUGACACAAUCCUGGCGAUGGCUAAUGACGUCACCAAGCUAUCGUGCGACGGCUCUUGGUCCCAGACCACCACGACCACCACGACCACCACGACCACCUCUACAAGUUACGGCAUGAAAGGAUGGGAGAUCGCCCUUUUAGCACUUGGAAUGAUUUUACUCGGCGCACUAAUCGCCGGAGCAGCAUUUGCGUUUUACCUUCGCCGGAUCAGGAAAGAAGACCCAUUUGUCAGCCAAGAUCACUUGCAAACAGGCUUCAAUACCAAAGUCAUCUAGCCCUUUACCAUUGCAAAACGCUGGGCUCACCAAUGUGGUUGUCUCGCGUAGGCUGGCUAACAGGGUGCAACUGAGGAGUCUUUUGAAUUGCUAACCGAAGGAACUGGGUGUUCGUUUUUUAAUCUUAAAAUUUCUUGGCUAAAUCUUUUUCUUAAUCUUUUGCAUAUUUAAUAAUAAUAAUAAUGAUAAGUAGAUGCUUAUAGGGCGCAUUUCUAAUCUCAAUGCGCCUAACAUCAGAUUAUUAUAAGAAUAAGUAAUUAAUUAACAGUAAUGUUUUUUAAACAAAAAUGUCUUAAGCUUAGUUUUGAAUGUUUCAAGUGUUUCCGCUCUCUUAAUAUAUUUGGGAAUUGAGUUCCAUAGUUUCGGUGCAGAUACUGAAAAAGCGCGUCCACCAUAGGAAUUGGAUUUAAUAGGUGGGAUGUAUAACUGUAAGCGAGUUGAUGAUCUCAGUGUUCUUGAUGGAUGGUAUUCUUGUAMAAGAGAUUCUAAAUAACUAGUAGAUUGCUCAUUUAAGAUCUUAUAAGUUAUAAGUAAUAUCUUAAAAUUAACUCUUGCUUCGAUUGGCAGCCAAUGUAGUUUCUUUAAAAUAGGUGUGAUAUGGUCAGUGUUUCGUGUUCCGGUUAUCAUACGAGCAGCGAUAUUCUGGAUCCUCUGUAGUUUGUCCCUUUGAUACUUUGGUAUCCCAUAUAGAAUGCUAUUACAAUAGUCAAGUCUAGAAAUUACAAGGGAGUUGACUAGCAUAUUUAGACAAUCGUUUUUCUCCUCGGUUAAGUACUGAAUGUUUUUUGCCUUACCGAGUGAAUAUUUUGCUGCCAGUUCAAGUGAAAGUAGUUUUGCACGUGACAAGGAAUGUUCCACAUUGCAGUAAUCCAGGAGGCUUGAUUUCAAGGGAAUUUACUAAGGUUUGUACAUUUUUCGGAACUGAGAAUUUUCUGAUUUUUCUAAUAUUAUAUAAAUAAAAAACCAGCUUCCAAGUCUUA